AUGGGUUUCUCUGAUAAACUCAUUGUCUUCAUUUUGAUGUUCAUAUCUUACAAUGAUCAAAUAAUACCCGCUCAAGCCGAGGAACCUACUCCAAAUUAUUUAGCCUGGAAUUUCUGUAUAGAUGGCAAUUACACUGCCAACAGUACAUAUAAAACUAAUCUAAAUCUCCUACUUAAUUCUCUCUCAACAACGUUCGAGAACAACAACACAAUCCCUCCAAAUGGUUACCGUAACAUUACAGUCGGAAAAGGCCCGGAUACUGUUUACGGAUCCCUACACUGCCGAGAGGAUGUAUCACCAGAUAAAUGUUCAGAUUGUGUGCAGCUUGCAACUGAAGAAGUUUUGAGCGACUCUGGGUGUCCAAAUUCAAAAGGAGCUAUUAUGUUUUACAAUGGAUGUGUUCUGAGGUAUUCCAGUAAGUAUUUUUUCUCAAUCUUGACAGAAGAACCAUCUCAAGAACUUACUAGUGAAGCUAGUAUGAAAAACCCAGGUCCAUUUUUGAAAUUAGUAAGUGGAUUAUUAGAUGAUUUAGUGAUUGACGCUGUUACCAACAGUUCAAGACCUUCAUUUGCUACUGUAGCUGUAAAUAGAUGUCUAAGAUCAGCUAUUGGGCAUUUAUCUGAAUGUUGUUCUGGGACAGAAGGUGCUAGAGUUCUAUAUCCAAGCUGUACAUUUAGAUUUGAGAUUUAUAAUUUUUAUGGUCGAUCUAUUUUUUACUCUCCUACUCGAGCAUCAUCACCUCCAACUCCUCUACUAAUACCUCCUUCGCCUAUACAAUCAACAUCGAAUAUAACGAAUUCAAAUGGAAAGGCUUCAUCGAAACUUGCAGUGAGUAUUGCUGUUCCUCUGGGAAUUGCACUAUUAAUAUGCUGCAUAGCUGUUUGGUGGUUCUGUUUCCAUAAGAGAAAGAUGAUUAGCAAGAAAUAUUCUUACGCCAAUGAUAUGGACCAAGAUAUUCAGAGUGCAGAAUCACUACAAUUCAACUUCAAUAUGAUAAGUUCUGCAACAGAUAACUUCUCCGAGGCUAAUAAGCUUGGAGAAGGUGGAUUUGGCCCUGUUUAUAAGGGUACAUUUUGUGAUGGACAAGAAAUAGCUGUAAAAAGACUAGCUACAAGUUCAGGUCAAGGUGAUCAGGAAUUUAAGAAUGAAGUCAUGUUAUUAGCGAAACUUCAGCACAGGAACCUUGUGAGACUAUUAGGUUUUUGUUUACAUGGACAAGAGAAGCUACUCAUGUAUGAGUUGAUGAAUGCUAGUCUCGAUCAAUUCAUAUUCGAUGAUGUGAAACGAACAUAUUUAGAUUGGGAGAGACGCUACAAGAUUAUUGGAGGAAUUGCUCGAGGUCUUUUAUAUCUUCAUGAGGAUUCUCGAGUAAGAAUUAUCCAUCGAGAUCUCAAAACUAGCAAUAUCUUGUUAGCGGAAGAUAUGACUCCAAAAAUUUCAGAUUUUGGCAUGGCUAGGCUUUUUGUGGUAGAUCAAACUCAAGCUAAUACAGCUAGAAUCGUUGGAACAUAUGGAUAUAUUGCUCCAGAGUAUGCACUACACGGGCAUUUUUCUGUAAAGUCGGAUGUUUUCAGUUUCGGUGUCUUAGUUCUUGAAAUUCUAAGCGGAAAAAAGAACACCGUUUUCUAUGAAUCAGUAGCAGGAGGUGCUCAAGAUCUUUUGACUUAUGCAUGGAGGCAUUGGCAAAACGGAUCAGUUAUGGAACUACUAGAUUCAUGCAUGAAAGAGAAUUGUUCAAGAAGUGAACUGAUGAGAUGUGUACACAUUGCACUAUUAUGUGUUCAAGAUAGUAUUGCCGAUAGACCUACCAUGACCUCAAUCAUUCUAAUGCUUCAUAGCAACUCGGUGACUCUCCCGUUACCAACACGGCCGGCAUAUUUUGUGUCAGACCCAGCAAUGGAAGAUGCAUGGACUGUGAAUGAGGUAUCAGUUACUCAAGUAGAUCCUCGCUGACAGUAAAUAAACAAUAGCUUUCUGUACAUAUGUAUCAUACAUCUAUUUCAAAUUGAGCCGGUUUAUUCUUCAAUCUUGUAUUUCACCUGAGUAAUCCAAGAAACAGUUUUGAUUGUUGUCAAAGUAGUUUUAAUUCUGACAGU